CUAUUUAGGCGGAAAAAGAUACUUCACAACAAUAUACCACAUUGUUUAGUUUCCACACUUCGUAAGCAUGUCCGGUUUCGAAUUUGCUACGGCGACUCGCAUUAUCUUUGGCGCAGGUUGCGCCCAAAAACAACUACCCGGCGUGAUAGCUGGCCUCAACUGCUCACGCGUAUACGUGGUUACCGGCACACAAUCGCGCUAUGCUGAUUUGAUCACGCUGCUAAACCCUGUUGCUGUGUUUGAGAUGCAAUCUCUUGGAGAGCCAACCGUUGAUAUCGCCAAGUUGGCACUAGAGCGUGCCGUGGAGGCCAACGCUGACAUGGUGGUUAGUAUUGGGGGCGGAUCGGUGAUAGAUCUAGGCAAGAUCGUGGCAGCUUUGACUACAAAUGGGG